AUGUCCCUUGGAACUGAGUCAGAACCCUCUCCUCUCUGGCUCCCUGCCUCGCACCCUCUCUCGACUCACAACCCUCCAAGUGCUGUCAGCGCCCCUCCUCCCGCUCCUCCUCCUUUCCCCCCACACCUGUUUGCGGUUCUCCCCUGCUCCUCCCCUUCGCCCCCUUGCUUCGACUUGACUCUUCACCCCGCUGCACCGCUUCUCACCACUCUGCCGUGCAGCCCUCCUAUGGAAGCUGCUGUCUCCCCUCUCCUCGCUCACGUCCCCCUCUCCUCGCUCACGUCCCCCUCUCCUCGCUCACGUCCCCCUCUCCUCGCUCACGUCCCCCUCUCCUCGCUCACGCCCCCCUCUCCUCGCUCACGUCCCCCUCUCCUCGCUCACGUCCCCCUCUCCUCGCUCACGUCCCCCUCUCCUCGCUCACGUCCCGCUCACAAGAUCAUGUCCCAUCCCAUGCUGUCACUGAGAGACACAGCCGUUGCGGGCAUGCUGCCUCUGUUUCUCACCGCCCUCACCCAACUCACCUCGCUUGACGUGAGCAACACGAAGCUUCACGGAACCAUCCCCGCCACUUAUGGAGGCUUGAAACUCGAAUUCUUUCAGUUCUCUGGGGUACCGGUAGCUUGCCCAACGGAGGGCAGCAGCUGCGAAAUCAAUCAGAACCGUUCAUCCACGUUCUGCAAGCUCUGUUCAACGUUCUGCUCCAAGUGUACUCCAAUCAACG